AUGCCUCCUAGAAGAAGUGUGAACAACCGUCGUAAUGAGAAUAACGACAUCCCUAUUGAGACCCUCAUUGCUAACGCUGUCAAUACGGCUAUCGCGGGUUUGGUUCCUAACUUGUUGCAACAGCUUCAGCAAAAUCACAACAACGGACCACCAGGAGGUAAUAACAACAACGGACCACAAGGGGGUAAUAACAACAAUGGCCCUCAAGGAGGAAAUGCUAACCUUCCUCCAAAAUCAUUUAGUACCGCUACAACUCCCGUCGAGGCGGAAAACUGGAUUGCUCACAUCGAGAAAAAUUUUGAAGUGUUGGGUGUGAAUGACGAAUUCAAAGUCAGGCUUGCUAGUUACAAAUUGGAGGACGAAGCUCAUAGGUGGUGGAAGACUUUGAAGAAUGCUCGUGGAGGAGAUAAUUAUGCAGCCACACUUCCAUGGAAUGAGUUUCGUACAUUGUUCUAUCAGCAGUAUUUCACUGAUGCUGACCGCAGUGAAUAUCUAAGAGAGUAUUCCUCUAUCAUGCAGGGGGACGAUGAGCCUAUUAUGGAGUUUAAAACUCGUUUAUGUCGUUUGGUCAAUUUUCUGGGUCCGACUGCAGGUACGCUAGAGCAGCAAACCAACACUUUCAAGUGGGCUAUAUGUGACCGUGAUAGGAAGUUUAUUCUGAAUCUUCGUUUCGCUGAUAUUAAUGAGAUUGUUGAUGCGGUCAAAAACUUGGAUAAUGAUAAGAAGCAUCGCCAGAGGACGUUGGAUGAUAAUCGUAAGCGACCAAGGGAAGAUAACCAGAGUAAUUCUUCUUUUCAAGGUGGUAAUGAUCAAUCUCAAGACCGUAGGCACCGUUCUGACAGGAAUUACGACGAUCAGAUACAGCAAGACAAACAAAACCUGCCACAAUAUCGUGACCCUCCUUGUGCCACUUGUGGGAAACCUCAGCGGGGUUUGUCGCCGAGCGGAACGUCUCUGUUUCAAUUAUGGAGAUGCAGGUCACCUGGUUAA